GUGAGGUUGUGCGUCAUUUGCUUUUCGCUUCGUGUAGGGUUGAGAGUGAAUCUAGCGACUUCGGCUUUGGUGGGAGGAGGGGUCUGGGAAGGGUUGGGCUCAGGCUUUUUCCCGUCCGGUAGAGGUUCUCGCGGGAUCGCGCGGAGGCGGCAGCUGUUCGGCUCCUGACUGCUGUAGCCGCGGAGGCGGCGGCUACGUUUUCGGCUUCUGCUGUUCUAAGUCGGUGAGUUCUCGCGGGAGCGGGGUUAUGUCCUCGUGGGAUCCGUUGGCGGUGGCGGAGGUCCUCAAGUAGCCUGACCUGAGUGGGUUAUUGAUCCAGAGCAACCAGCAGACCAAUUUGGUCAGGAAGGUUCAGGAAGCUGUUGGAGCAGUGUUGGGAUUUCCCACCAGGAUGAGUAUGAUUGGCUGUGAUUUUAGAUCAUAAAGCAGAAAAUCGAAAACAUGAAAGUAGACAGGACUAAACUGAAAAAGACACCCACUGAGGCUCCUGCAGACUGCAGAGCCUUAAUAGACAAACUCAAAGUUUGUAAUGAUGAGCAACUCCUCUUGGAACUGCAGCAGAUCAAAACAUGGAACAUUGGAAAGUGCGAGUUGUAUCACUGGGUGGACCUGUUGGACCGCUUCGAUGGAAUUCUGGCAGAUGCUGGACAAACAGUGGAGAAUAUGUCUUGGAUGCUUGUAUGUGAUAGACCAGAAAGAGAGCAACUGAAAAUGCUUCUCUUGGCAGUGUUGAACUUCACGGCCUUGCUCAUAGAGUACAGCUUUUCCCGGCAUCUGUACAGCUCCAUAGAGCAUUUGACAACUUUAUUGGCUUCCUCUGAUAUGCAAGUGGUGCUGGCAGUCCUUAACCUCCUAUAUGUAUUUAGCAAAAGAUCAAACUAUAUCACACGUCUUGGAUCUGACAAGAGGACCCCACUGUUAACCCGGCUGCAACAUUUGGCGGAGAGCUGGGGUGGAAAAGAGAAUGGCUUUGGACUUGCAGAAUGUUGCAGAGACUUGCAUAUGAUGAAAUACCCACCCAGUGCAACUACACUACACUUUGAAUUCUAUGCAGAUCCUGGAGCCGAGGUCAAAAUUGAGAAAAGGACAACUAGUAAUACACUACAUUAUAUUCACAUAGAACAACUUGACAAGAUUUCAGAAAGCCCUUCUGAAAUCAUGGAAUCUCUUACCAAAAUGUACAGCAUUCCUAAAGAUAAGCAGAUGCUGUUAUUUACACACAUACGGCUGGCCCAUGGCUUUUCUAAUCACAGGAAGCGAUUGCAAGCUGUUCAGGCCAGACUGCAUGCAAUAUCUAUAUUAGUAUAUUCCAAUGCCUUGCAGGAAUCAGCAAACAGUAUCUUGUAUAAUGGGUUGAUAGAGGAGUUGGUAGAUGUCCUUCAGAUAACAGAUAAACAGCUUAUGGAGAUUAAAGCUGCUUCUUUACGAACAUUAACUUCAAUUGUCCACUUGGAAAGGACUCCCAAACUCAGCAGUAUUAUUGACUGUACUGGAACUGCCUCCUACCAUGGAUUUUUGCCAGUACUUGUGCGGAACUGUAUCCAGGCCAUGAUUGAUCCUUCCAUGGAUCCAUACCCUCACCAGUUUGCCACUGCUCUCUUCUCUUUUUUAUACCAUCUAGCCAGCUAUGAUGCUGGUGGUGAAGCCUUGGUCUCCUGUGGAAUGAUGGAAGCCUUACUGAAGGUCAUAAAGUUUCUUGGUGAUGAACAGGACCAGAUUACGUUUGUUACCAGAGCUGUCAGAGUGGUUGAUCUCAUCACCAACCUGGACAUGGCAGCUUUUCAGUCCCACAGUGGACUUUCUAUCUUCAUUUAUAGACUUGAGCAUGAAGUUGAUUUGUGCCGAAAAGAAUGUCCAUUUGUGAUCAAGCCAAAGAUCCAGAGACCCAGUACUACGCAAGAAGGAGAAGAAAUGGAAACUGAUAUGGAUGUUGCAGAUGUGACUAUGGAAAGCAGUCCAGGUUCAUCCAUCUCUGUGGAGCAACGGCUGGAUAUUGAAUUAAGGGCAUCAAGUUCCAGCAGCAGUACUGGCAUCUCCUCUGGCCCUGGCCCUGGUUCUGGCCCCAGCCCUGGUCCCGGCCCUGGUCCCGGCCCCGGUCCCGGUCCCGGCCCUGGUCCCGGCCCCGGUCCCGGCCCCGGCCCCGGCUCCAGCCCUGGUUCUGGCCCCCGUCCUGGAGUCCAGUGUAUUCCACAACGAGCAGCACUUCUCAAAUCCAUGUUAAAUUUCCUCAAGAAGGCCAUUCAAGACCCUGCUUUCUCAGAUGGCAUCCGACAUGUAAUGGAUGGUUCUCUGCCUACCUCCCUGAAACACAUUAUCAGCAAUGCAGAAUACUAUGGCCCAUCACUCUUCCUCCUAGCUACUGAAGUGGUGACUGUGUUUGUAUUUCAAGAACCAUCACUGCUCUCCUCACUCCAGGACAAUGGGUUGACAGAUGUCAUGCUGCAUGCACUGCUUAUCAAAGAUGUUCCUGCUACCCGUGAAGUUCUUGGCUCCCUCCCAAAUGUAUUCAGUGCACUCUGCUUGAAUGCCCGAGGUCUUCAGUCUUUUGUACAAUGUCAGCCUUUUGAACGUCUCUUCAAAGUUCUUCUGUCUCCAGAUUACCUCCCAGCCAUGAGGAGGAGGAGGAGUUCUGAUCCCCUUGGGGAUACUGCAUCCAACCUGGGGAGUGCUGUCGAUGAGCUCAUGAGACAUCAGCCCACCCUCAAAACUGAUGCAACAACUGCCAUCAUCAAGUUACUUGAAGAAAUCUGUAAUCUUGGAAGAGACCCUAAAUACAUCUGUCAAAAGCCAUCAAUCCAGAAGGCAGAUGGCACUGCCACUGCUCCUCCUCCAAGGUCUAAUCAUGCUGCAGAAGAAGCUUCUAGUGAGGAUGAGGAGGAAGAGGAAGUACAGGCCAUGCAAAGCUUUAAUUCUACCCAGCAAAAUGAAACUGAGCCUAAUCAGCAGGUUGUUGGUACAGAAGAACGUAUUCCUAUUCCCCUCAUGGAUUACAUCCUUAAUGUGAUGAAAUUUGUGGAAUCUAUUCUGAGCAACAAUACAACAGAUGACCACUGCCAGGAAUUUGUGAAUCAGAAAGGACUCUUGCCUUUGGUUACCAUUUUGGGUCUUCCCAAUCUGCCUAUUGACUUUCCCACAUCUGCUGCCUGUCAGGCUGUUGCAGGUGUCUGCAAAUCCAUUUUGACACUGUCACAUGAACCCAAAGUCCUUCAGGAGGGUCUCCUUCAGUUGGACUCCAUCCUCUCCUCCUUGGAGCCCUUACACCGCCCCAUUGAAUCCCCUGGGGGCUCAGUGUUGUUGCGAGAAUUAGCGUGUGCUGGCAAUGUUGCUGAUGCUACCCUCUCAGCUCAGGCCACACCUUUGCUGCAUGCACUCACUGCUGCCCAUGCCUACAUCAUGAUGUUUGUUCACACUUGCAGAGUUGGACAGAGUGAAAUCCGUUCCAUCUCCGUAAACCAGUGGGGCUCUCAGUUGGGUCUGAGUGUUCUGAGCAAGCUGAGCCAGUUAUACUGUUCCCUGGUAUGGGAAAGCACUGUUCUCCUUUCUCUGUGUACCCCAAACAGCCUACCACCUGGGUGUGAAUUUGGCCAGGCGGAUAUGCAGAAACUGGUUCCAAAGGAUGAGAAGGCAGGUACGACCCAGGGCGGAAAAAGAUCAGAUGGAGAACAAGAUGGGACUACUGGAACUAUGGAUGCUUCUACCCAGGGCUUAUUGGAAGGCAUUGGGCUAGAUGGUGACACAUUGGCUCCCAUGGAGACAGAUGAACCCACUGCUUCAGACUCCAAGGGCAAAUCUAAAAUCACACCAGCCAUGGCUGCCAGAAUCAAGCAAAUCAAGCCUUUGUUGUCAGCUUCCUCGAGAUUAGGCCGAGCACUUGCUGAGCUAUUUGGACUCCUUGUUAAACUUUGUGUGGGAUCUCCUGUUCGCCAGAGAAGGAGCCAUCAUGCUGCCAGCACCACUACAGCACCGACACCUGCCGCUCGAUCAACAGCCUCAGCCCUCACUAAGCUCCUCACAAAGGGCUUAUCUUGGCAGCCCCCACCAUAUACACCUACUCCCCGCUUCAGGCUGACAUUCUUCAUCUGUUCAGUUGGUUUUACAUCCCCAAUGCUGUUUGAUGAGAGGAAGUAUCCCUACCACCUCAUGUUGCAAAAAUUUCUCUGCUCUGGAGGCCACAAUGCCCUUUUCGAAACUUUCAACUGGGCUUUGUCAAUGGGAGGCAAAGUUCCUGUUUCUGAAGGAUUGGAACAUUCAGACUUGCCGGAUGGUACAGGAGAAUUCCUAGAUGCCUGGCUUAUGUUGGUGGAGAAGAUGGUGAAUCCCACCACGGUGCUUGAAUCACCACACUCACUACCUGCCAAAUUGCCCGGAGGUGUCCAGAACUUUCCACAAUUCAGUGCACUCCGCUUCCUUGUGGUAACUCAGAAAGCAGCUUUUACUUGCAUCAAGAACUUAUGGAAUCGGAAACCCCUGAAGGUUUAUGGCGGGAGAAUGGCUGAAUCCAUGCUGGCUAUUCUUUGCCACAUCCUCCGAGGAGAACCUGUUAUUCGAGAGAGACUGAGCAAAGAGAAGGAGGGAUCUCGAGGAGAAGAUGAUGCGGGGCAAGAGGAAGGUGGCUCUCGCCGAGAACCUCAAGUCAACCAACAACAGCUGCAGCAGCUUAUGGACAUGGGCUUCACAAGGGAACAUGCCAUGGAGGCCCUGUUGAACACCAGCACCAUGGAGCAGGCCACAGAGUACCUUCUAACCCACCCUCCUCCAAUCAUGGGAGGAGUUGUUCGGGAUCUCAGCAUGUCCGAAGAGGACCAGAUGAUGAGAGCAAUUGCUAUGUCUCUGGGGCAGGAUAUUCCAAUGGAUCAAAGGGCAGAGUCACCUGAGGAAGUUGCUUGUCGGAAAGAGGAAGAGGAGCGGAAAGCUCGGGAAAAGCAGGAAGAGGAAGAGGCUAAAUGUCUAGAGAAGUUCCAGGAUGCUGAUCCAUUGGAACAAGAUGAACUCCACACUUUUACAGAUACCAUGUUGCCAGGCUGCUUCCACCUUCUUGAUGAGCUGCCAGACACAGUGUAUCGUGUGUGUGAUCUGAUCAUGACAGCAAUCAAACGUAAUGGAGCGGACUAUCGUGACAUGAUUCUGAAGCAAGUAGUCAAUCAGGUGUGGGAAGCUGCUGAUGUAUUGAUCAAAGCUGCUCUUCCCCUGACAACAAGUGACACAAAGACUGUAUCAGAGUGGAUCAGUCAGAUGGCCACCCUACCCCAGGCCUCCAAUUUGGCUACUAGAAUCUUGCUUUUAACGCUACUUUUUGAGGAGUUGAAGCUGCCUUGUGCUUGGGUGGUUGAAUCGAGUGGCAUCCUUAAUGUCCUAAUCAAACUCUUGGAAGUGGUUCAGCCCUGCCUCCAGGCCGCCAAGGAGCAAAAAGAGGUUCAGACCCCAAAGUGGAUCACCCCAGUGUUGCUCCUGAUUGAUUUCUAUGAAAAGACAGCGAUCUCCUCAAAAAGGAGAGCCCAGAUGACUAAGUACCUACAAUCCAACUGCAACAACUGGCGCUGGUUUGAUGAUCGCUCUGGGCGUUGGUGUAGUUACAGUGCAAGCAACAACAGCACUAUUGAUUCUGCCUGGAAAUCUGGAGAGACAAGUGUGCGAUUUACUGCUGGCCGAAGAAGAUACACCGUCCAGUUUACUACAAUGGUGCAGGUUAAUGAAGAGACAGGGAACCGGCGCCCUGUGAUGCUGACUCUCCUCAGGGUACCACGGCUGAAUAAAAACUCAAAAAACAGCAAUGGACAGGAACUAGAGAAGACACUGGAAGAAAGCAAAGAAAUGGAUAUCAAACGUAAAGAAAAUAAAGGCAAUGAUACCCCCUUGGCCCUAGAGAGUACAAAUACUGAAAAGGAGGCAAGCUUGGAAGAAACAAAGAUUGGAGAGAUCCUGAUCCAGGGCCUGACAGAAGAUAUGGUGACUGUUUUAAUCCGGGCCUGCGUGAGCAUGCUAGGAGUCCCUGUGGACCCAGACACUUUGCAUGCCACCCUUCGCCUCUGCCUGAGGCUCACCCGGGACCACAAAUAUGCCAUGAUGUUUGCAGAACUGAAGAGUACCCGCAUGAUCUUGAAUUUGACCCAGAGCUCAGGCUUCAAUGGGUUUACCCCCCUGGUCACCCUUCUUUUAAGACACAUCAUUGAAGACCCCUGUACCCUCCGUCAUACCAUGGAAAAGGUUGUUCGCUCAGCAGCUACAAGUGGAGCUGGUAGUACUACCUCUGGUGUUGUGUCUGGCAGCCUUGGCUCUCGGGAGAUCAACUACAUCCUUCGUGUACUGGGGCCAGCCGCAUGCCGCAAUCCAGACAUAUUCACAGAAGUGGCCAACUGCUGUAUCCGCAUCGCCCUUCCAGCCCCUCGAGGCUCAGGAACUGCUUCAGAUGAUGAAUUUGAGAAUCUUAGAAUUAAAGGCCCUAAUGCUGUACAGCUGGUGAAGACAACCCCUUUGAAGCCCUCACCUCUACCUGUCAUUCCUGAUACUAUCAAGGAAGUGAUUUAUGAUAUGCUGAAUGCUCUGGCUGCAUACCAUGCUCCAGAGGAAGCAGACAAAUCUGAUCCUAAACCUGGGGGUAUGACCCAAGAGGUUGGCCAGCUCCUACAAGACAUGGGCGAUGAUGUAUACCAGCAGUACCGGUCACUUACUCGUCAGAGCAGUGACUUUGAUGCACAGUCAGGUUUUUCCAUUAACAGUCAGGUCUUUGCUGCAGAUGGUGCCUCCACUGAGACUUCCACUUCUGGGACCUCCCAAGGAGAGGCUUCAACUCCAGAGGAGUCUCGAGAUGGGAAGAAAGAUAAAGAAGGGGACCGGGCCUCUGAGGAAGGCAAACAGAAAGGCAAGGGCAGCAAACCUUUAAUGCCUACCUCCACUAUACUUCGUCUUCUGGCAGAGUUGGUGAGGUCCUAUGUUGGUAUUGCUACCCUGAUUGCCAACUACAGCUACACUGUGGGCCAGUCUGAGCUGAUCAAAGAGGACUGCAGUGUGCUAGCUUUUGUUCUGGACCACCUCCUCCCCCAUACCCAGAAUGCAGAAGACAAGGACACACCUGCCCUGGCCCGCCUGUUCCUUGCAAGUCUGGCUGCUGCAGGGAGUGGCACAGAUGCCCAAGUGGCCCUAGUGAAUGAAGUAAAAGCAGCCCUGGGACGGGCACUGGCUAUGGCUGAGAGUACAGAGAAACAUGCCAGGCUUCAGGCAGUGAUGUGUAUCAUCAGUACUAUCAUGGAGUCCUGCCCCUCCACCUCCAGCUUCUACAGCAGUGCCACGGCCAAGACCCAGCAUAAUGGCAUGAACAACAUCAUUCGACUCUUCCUGAAGAAGGGACUGGUUAAUGACCUGGCCAGAGUACCUCACAGCCUAGACUUGUCCAGUCCCAAUAUGGCCAACACAGUCAAUGCUGCUCUAAAGCCUUUGGAAACACUUUCCCGGAUUGUGAACCAGCCCAGUAGCCUUUUUGGCAGCAAAAGUGCUUCUAACAAGAGCAAGUCUGAGCAGGAUGCCCAAGGAGCCUCUCAGGACUCCAAUAGCAACCAGCAGGACCCAGGCGAGCCUGGGGAAGCAGAAGUACAGGAGGAGGAUCAUGAUGUCACUCAGACAGAGGUGGCAGAUGGGGAUAUCAUGGAUGGGGAGGCUGAAACCGACUCAGUGGUGAUUGCUGGGCAGCCUGAGGUGCUCAGUUCACAAGAGAUGCAGGUUGAGAAUGAGCUGGAGGACCUGAUAGAUGAGUUGCUUGAGAGGGAUGGCGGAUCUGGGAACAGUACAAUUAUAGUGAGCAGAAGUGGAGAGGAUGAAUCACAAGAGGACGUGCUGAUGGAUGAAGCUCCUUCCAACCUCAGCCAAGCUUCCACCUUGCAGGCCAACCGAGAAGAUUCCAUGAAUAUCCUGGACCCUGAGGAUGAGGAGGAGCACACUCAGGAAGAGGACAGCAGUGGCAGUAACGAGGAUGAGGAUGAUAGUCAGGAUGAAGAGGAGGAGGAGGAGGAAGAUGAGGAAGAUGAUCAGGAGGAUGAUGAAGGUGAAGAGGGAGAUGAAGACGAUGACGACGAUGGCUCUGAAAUGGAAUUGGAUGAGGAUUACCCUGAUAUGAACGCUUCUCCCUUGGUCCGAUUUGAGCGCUUUGACCGGGAGGAUGAUCUCAUCAUUGAGUUUGACAACAUGUUCUCCAGUGCUACAGACAUCCCCCCAUCCCCAGGAAAUAUCCCUACCACCCACCCACUGAUGGUACGCCAUGCAGACCACAGUUCUCUGACAUUGGGCAGUGGCUCUUCCACAACUCGACUCACCCAGGGAAUCGGGCGCAGUCAGAGGACCCUAAGGCAGCUGACAGCCAAUACAGGCCACACCAUUCAUGUUCACUACCCUGGGAAUCGCCAGCCCAAUCCUCCUCUUAUACUCCAGAGAUUGCUUGGUCCCUCAGCUGCUGCUGACAUCCUUCAGCUGAGCAGCAGCCUUCCUCUACAAAGCCGAGGUCGGGCCCGCCUCCUGGUGGGCAAUGAUGACGUCCACAUCAUUGCCCGGUCUGACGAUGAACUGCUAGAUGACUUUUUCCAUGACCAGAGCACAGCCACCAGCCAAGCAGGAACCCUAUCCAGCAUCCCCACAGCCCUGACCCGCUGGACAGAGGAAUGCAAAGUUCUUGAUGCUGAGAGCAUGCAUGACUGUGUUUCAGUGGUUAAAGUCCCCAUUGUUAAUCAUCUGGAAUUCCUGAGGGAUGAGGAGCUAGAAGAAAGGCGUGAGAAACGCAGGAAACAACUGGCUGAGGAAGAAACAAAAAUAACUGACAAAGGCAAAGAAGAUAAGGAGAACAGGGAUCAGAGUGCACAGUGUACUGCAUCUAAGACAAAUGACUCCACUGAACAGAACCUCUCAGAUGGGACGCCUAUGCCUGACAGCUAUCCAACAACCCCAUCUUCAACUGAUGCAGCUACAUCUGAGUCCAAGGAGACCCUUGGCACGCUGCAACCCUCACAACAGCAACCAACACUCCCACCCCCACCAGCCUUGGGAGAGAUUCCUCAGGAGGUGCAGUCCCCAGCUGGAGAAGGGGGGAGCUCUACACAAUUAUUGAUGCCUGUAGAGCCAGAGGAAUUGGGUCCCACAAGACCAAGUGGAGAAGCAGAAACAACUCAGAUGGAAUUAUCCCCAGCUCCCACCAUAACCUCUCUUUCCCCAGAGAGAGCUGAGGAUUCUGAUGCGCUGACAGCUGUCAGCAGUCAGCUGGAAGGCUCUCCUAUGGACACCAGCAGCCUAGCUUCCUGUACCUUAGAGGAGGCUGUGGGUGACACUGCAGCAGCUGGCAGUUCUGAGCAGCCCACAGCAGGCAAUUCCACUCCUGGGGAUGCCCCACCAGCUGUGGCAGAAGUACAAGGCAGGAGUGAUGGAUCGGGGGAGUCUGCCCAGCCUCCUGAAGACAGCUCUCCCCCUGCAUCCUCUGAGAGUUCUUCCACCAGAGAUUCUGCCGUGGCUAUUUCUGGAGCAGAUUCCCGAGGAAUCCUAGAAGAGCCACUGCCUUCAACAAGCAGUGAAGAAGAAGAUCCCCUUGCAGGUAUCAGUCUCCCUGAAGGCGUGGACCCUUCUUUUCUGGCUGCCCUGCCUGAUGACAUCCGUCGGGAAGUCCUGCAGAACCAACUGGGCAUUCGUCCACCAACCCGGACUGCCCCCUCCACUAAUAGCUCAGCUCCUGCAGUAGUGGGAAAUCCUGGUGUGACUGAAGUGAGCCCUGAAUUCCUGGCCGCCCUGCCUCCAGCCAUUCAGGAGGAAGUGCUGGCACAGCAGAGAGCUGAGCAGCAACGACGAGAACUUGCACAGAAUGCCAGCUCAGACACCCCCAUGGACCCUGUGACCUUCAUCCAGACUCUACCCUCAGACUUGCGCCGUAGUGUCCUAGAGGACAUGGAGGACAGUGUGUUGGCUGUGAUGCCACCUGACAUCGCAGCUGAGGCUCAAGCUCUGAGACGAGAGCAGGAAGCCCGGCAGCGGCAGCUUAUGCAUGAGCGUCUGUUUGGGCACAGCAGCACCUCCGCACUCUCUGCUAUUCUCCGAAGCCCGGGUACAGAGGGAGCUUUCACCAGUCGCCUGAGUGGCAACCGUGGGGUACAAUACACUCGCCUUGCUGUGCAGAGAGGUGGCACCUUCCAGAUGGGGGGUAGCAGCAGCCAUAAUAGACCUUCUGGCAGUAACGUAGAUACUCUCCUCCGCCUCCGAGGACGGCUCCUUCUAGACCAUGAAGCUCUGUCUUGUCUCCUGGUCCUACUUUUUGUGGAUGAGCCAAAGCUCAAUACUAGCCGUCUACACCGAGUACUGAGAAAUCUCUGCUACCAUGCCCAGACCCGCCACUGGGUCAUCCGCAGCCUGCUCUCCAUCUUGCAGCGCAGCAGUGAGAGUGAGCUAUGCAUUGAAACACCCAAGCUCACUGCUGGUGAGGAAAAGGGCAAAAAGUCAAGCAAGAGCUGUGGGUCAAGCAGCCAUGAGAACCGUCCCCUGGACCUGCUACACAAGAUGGAGUCUAAGAGCUCCAACCAGCUUUCCUGGCUCUCAGUGUCCAUGGAUGCAGCCCUAGGCUGCAGGACUAAUAUAUUUCAGAUCCAGCGUUCAGGGGGACGCAAACAUACUGAGAAGCAUGCAAGCAGUGGCUCUACUGUCCACAUCCACCCCCAGGCUGCUCCUGUUGUCUGCAGACACGUUUUGGACACACUCAUUCAAUUGGCCAAGGUGAGGGGCUUGAAAGAACCCAACUCCCAACUCCUGGGGAUGGAAGAUGGGUGGCAGCAACAGCUUGGGUGAAAUCUGAACAUGAGGGGGGGCUAAUAGGUUUUUCUCUUUGCUGUUAUUUUGAGUGCUAAACCCUGUAUUAUUUCUAUGAAAACUGUCCAAUAAAUAA